GCCACCACUAAGGGACAUGCCCCAGGAGGAGGGCUCCUCGGCCCCCUGGGGGAUCCGGGACUGGCAGAGGGCCUCGCGGGCCCCAUCGGACCCCCAGCACCCAGGCUGGGGGACACACGGAGUGUGUGAGGCCCAGUGUCCGCCCCUGUGCCCCUGAGCACAGCUGGGGUAGCAGCCAGAGGGAAAAAGAAGGAUCCAAAUCCCACCCGCAGAAGCCCGGGGAGGGGGCCAGCCCUGCACUCUAGAGAGGGGCCUACCCCGGCGGGCGGGACGGGGGCACCCGACACCCAGACUCCAGGCAGCAGCCUGUCCCCCGAGACCCCCAGUCAGCUCAGCUGAGCAGGGCUCCUGCCCCCUGUCUCCACAGCACCCAGCCGCCACCAUGUCUGACGAAGAAGUGGAACAGGUGGAGGAGGAGCAGUACGAGGAGGAAGAAGAGGCCCAGGAGGAAGAGGAAGUUCAGGAAGAGGAGAAGCCGAGACCCAAACUCACUGCUCCUAAGAUCCCGGAAGGGGAGAAAGUCGACUUUGAUGACAUCCAGAAGAAACGGCAGAACAAAGACCUCAUGGAGCUGCAGGCGCUCAUCGACAGCCACUUCGAGGCGCGCAAGAAGGAAGAAGAAGAGCUGAUUGCCCUCAAGGACCGCAUUGAGAAGCGCCGCGCCGAGCGAGCAGAGCAGCAGCGCAUUCGCGCCGAGAAGGAGCGGGAGCGCCAGAACCGCCUGGCGGAGGAGAAAGCCAGAAGAGAGGAGGAGGACGCCAAGCGGAGGGCCGAAGAUGACAUGAAGAAGAAGAAGGCCCUGUCCUCCAUGGGCGCCAACUACAGCAGCUACCUGGCCAAGGCUGACCAGAAGAGAGGCAAGAAGCAGACCGCCCGCGAGAUGAAGAAGAAGAUCCUGGCGGAGAGGCGGAAGCCACUCAACAUUGACCACCUCAGUGAUGACAAGCUCCGGGACAAGGCCAAGGAGCUCUGGGACACGCUGUACCAGCUCGAGUUGGACAAGUACGAGUUUGGAGAGAAGCUGAAGCGGCAGAAAUACGACCAGCAAGAAGGCCGGGGCCACCGCCAAGGGCAAAGUCGGCGGGCGCUGGAAGUGAGGGCGUCGGAGCAGCCCCCGAGGCAGAGAGCCAGGCCCGUGGCCCACACGGUGACGUCCAGCCCCCAGGCCCGGGGGCCGAGCACGGGCCCCAAGCACCCCACCGUCUCUGUCCUCACUGCCCCCAUCCCCUGGGGUCCAUGAAUAAAGCUGUCAGACCCCCUUCCA